GACAAAGGCGUUCCCAAGCAUCGGGGUCGUAUGCGGUCACUUUCCUCAUUCGGCAUCGAACGGUAUUUAGGCCGUGGGUGGCAUAAACGAACAACAAACGUCAUGUGGAUGCGUGCUUAUUUAUAGACAUGGUUAUUGUAUUCUUGCUUUUCUUAAAUUGUCUUUAUGACUUGGCCAUAAAUGCGGCAAUAUCACAAAGAGAGCUGGAUAAAACACAAAAAGAAAGUUUGCAAUAUCGAGAAGUGGACACUCUUGACUCGGGUGAUGCUACUACAUUUCAAGAAAAUUCAAUUGCAGCUCGUAAGGCUCGCCGACUCUCAGAUUCACUGGAAACAACAGAACCAAAUCAGCAGCAGCGGUUCCGGCAACGGAGAGAAGCUGUGGUGAAGAAGAAUGCCACCAUGACGGCUGUGAUUAACGGCAUGCCCGUCCAAAUAUCACCCCUGUCGCUCGACUCGGAAGGUUCAGCCUCCGUCGAUCUCAGCGGCUUAUCGGUCAGCUCUGACGACGCGGACACCGUGACGGGCGAGCUGGUGGCGGCCGACGAAGUCGGAAACAUGGCCGCCGGCAUGGCUGAGCUCGAGAUGCCGGCCAAGGGAGCCAAAGGGCCUGUCUACGAGCUGGUCGGAGCCGGCGUCCGGCUGCAGCCGCCCAAACAGCGCCCCCGACCGCCCCCGCCCCCGCCCCCGCCGCCGCGACCCCGGCCACGGCCGGCCAGCCAAAAAAGCGCAGUGGGAGAGGUGAUGGUCAACAUACAACAGGACGACCAGAAGCGUUUCGGUAAGAAGCCGCAGCGCCACUGGUGCGACCUGGGCGGCGUCUGGAUCAACGACGAGGGCUCGCUGCUGCUGACGCUGGGUUUUCCGGCGGCCGACCGCACCGUGCUCUCCGGCUACCUGAGCCAGGUGUCUGUGGACAUGACGCCCGAGGAUCGGCGGCGGCGGCGGCGGCGGCGGCGGGAGGCGGACACCGCCACCGAGCCGCCGACGCGGCCGCCGCCGCGGUUCCGGCCGCCGCCGGCCGGCGCCUCCGGGCUGCCCUCCUCGCUCACCAAUCGGACGGCGCUGCAGGGCUCGGCCGUGUCGCGCGCCGGCCCGUUCGCGCUGGCCACCAAACACAGCGGCGGCGCCGUCGGCAGUCUGGUCGGACAGUGCCAGACGUGCGGCGGCCUGGACACGAUCGUGGCGCACGUGUUCGCCGUCUCGGAGGUGUUCACGUGUCUGGACGCCAUGUGGAACCAGAAGGCGGUGCGCGUCAUGUUCAGGAAGUGGGGAGAGCGGCAUCGGCGCCGCCACCGGCCGCCGCUGGAGCUCGACACGGAGGUGGUGAUUAAACAGAGGGACCGGGGGCCGCAGCGACCGCCGCCGCCGCCGCCGCCCCGCGAGGAGACCAUGGUGCGGACUGAGGAGGUGGUUGAUAAGUACGGUCAGAGGUGAAUGUACCAUUCGUAACAACCAGAGCUCCAACGCACUGAAUUUGAUUUCCUGCCGAUUUUAUGAUAGAAAGUUGGGUGUUAUUUUGUGCUCCACCAGAUGAAUGUUUAUGACGCGCAGAAUGUUAAUGACACGCAGCUCUUUCAAAGAGUCCGCAACCUAGGCAUGAUAUGUUUAGGUACUGUGCGAAUGUACGGCCAUUUGAAAUGACCUUCGAAGAUUGAGGUAUGGGACUGAGCGAAGCGAACGAAAUACGACGAAAUAUAUUUCCACAUGUGA